AUGUGCCGAGUCCUCUUAGUUCUGUCGGCCAUCGCGCUGCAGGCGUGUGGUAGUUCCGAUGCCGCACGCCAGGGGGACUCCUCCGGUCCGAUCGAAUGGAAACCUCCUGAGAAGGAGUGUCCACGCUACAAGGAGCUGCAUGAUGGCGACGGCUUCGAGCUGCGGACCUAUGAGGCUGCGGAAUGGGCGAUGACCACUGUUGGCAAGGAGCAUGAGCCCAUCGCCGCUUUGUUCGCCGGCAUCGGGAACCUCGUGAGUUACUUUGCUGGCGCGAACGAGGCCAACCAGACGAUCGAGGGCACCGUUCCCUUUGUUCAGGCCUUCCACCUCCCAUUCCAUGAGCAUGGCGGCCACCACCAUCGCAAGCAUGGGCGCGACGGGGACCCUCCUCACCACCGCCGCCACCGUCAGCAUGACUACGUGUUUGCCCUCUACAUCCCCCGUGACCUCCAGGGCAAGGCUCCCAAGCCCAGCAAUGGCACGAAUGUGCGUCUGGUCAAGACAUCCGAGUACUCUGUGGCGGUGCGGUCCUUCAGCGGAUUCCCCAAGCCCUGGAAGGUGUUGCGGGAGCUGCGCAGUCUGUGGAGAGCCCUCGAGGACUCCGAGUCUGACAUUCGGUUCCACAGAGAGGUGUUCUUCCUGGCCAGCUACAGCCCUCCCCAGCAGCUGCGCCACCGGCACACGGAGGUGGUGGUGCCCGUCGACCUGCAGCGGACUGAGGAUGUGUUCUCGUACAUCUAG